AUGGCCGGCGUUCGGCUUGAGAAGCUCACACAGCAGGAUAUGGACUUGUUCGACAACAUCCCAAUGCAUCUCCAGUCAUCAGGGAUUCUCAAUCGUGUGUGGCGUUACUUCCUUGCCCUUCCUGGAGUUUUCUCCCGAUUGUUCGGAUAUGGACUGUUCUUCGUUCAGUUCAUCGAUUUUGUGUAUAAUAGUGAUCUCGGCUCACAACUCACCAAGAAACAUGCGUUUGGUCAAAUACCUCCUGCUCCACACAAGCUUUUGACAGAAUCCAGCGUCCAACUGCUUGAUACAAACAAAUGUCCCCUAUGCCUACAAAGACGAAGAAAUGAUACAGCGUUAUCGGUUUCUGGUUACGUGUUCUGCUUCACGUGCAUUGAGCGGCAUGUGAAAAGCUUCAAAACAUGUCCUGUCACAGGCCUCCCUGCCAGCACAAACGAGCUGAUACGACUUUACAUACAAUAA